AUCUAUUCACAUUCUAUUUACGUUGUCACGCGGUGGUGAGGAAUAAUGACGUCCACUGCUGCGGAGUUUUUAAACGAAUUCUCAUCCAAAAACUCCGUAGUUUGAAAAUUGUCCUUAAUAGGCUGUUAAAAAAAGUGUACACCACAUAGAGCGUGACUUUUGACAAUACCGAAUAAGCAGGGUGUUUUCUGAAAAUUCGGCUGACACAUGAGCCACCAAGCAGACUUUUAGCUGAGAGUAAUUCUGGCAGGGUUCAUGGCAAAUUGCCCCCGUGCACCCGCUCCGGACACACCAUGAGGAGGGCAUAACACAAAGGAUGAACCUGGCUUACAUUAUAUUGAAUUAGGUGCUGCUAUGGUCUCUGCACAAGUCCGUUAGCCUGCCGCUAGCUGUCCACGUUUGUGCCCAUAGCUAAACAUAGUAGGAAUUUAAAUGGAGUUUGGCGUUUGAUGUCCCUGACACAAGAGAACGGACCACAUUUAAACCAUAACCGUAAUGAAAGUCUGCACCUGAAAACCUUUUGUUUCCUAUGAGCAAAAAAACUGUGAAAUGUGUGGUAUCUGGGCAUUAUUUGGGAGUGAUGAGUGCCUGUCAGUUCAGUGCACUAGUGCCAUGAAGAUUGCUCACAGGGGCCCUGAUGCCUUCCGCUUCGAGAAUGUCAACGGCUUCACCAACUGCUGCUUUGGCUUCCACCGCCUGGCUAUCGUGGACCAGCUGUAUGGCAUGCAGCCUUUGCGCAUCAAGAAGUUUCCAUUCUUGUGGCUCUGCUACAAUGGAGAGAUUUACAACCAUCUAACGCUGAAGAAGCAGUUUGAGUUUGAUCACCAGACUAAAGUUGAUGGUGAGAUUCUGCUCCAUCUGUAUGACCGCUUUGGCAUCCAGAAGAUGGCUUCCCUCUUGGAUGGUGUCUUUGCUUUUGUUCUGCUGGACACCAUUAACAGAAAAGUCUUUCUGGGUAGGGACACGUAUGGCAUCCGGCCUUUGUUCAAAUUCCUCACAGACGAUGGAUUCCUUGCAGUAUGCUCAGAAGCCAAAGGCCUUACAGACCUUACUCACGCAAUGGACACCCCUGCCAACAUCAUCCCCUUCCUCCCUGGACACUUUGAAGUCUUUGAUUUGAAGCAGAAUGGCAAAGUUCAGUCCAUUCAAAUGGAGCAAUUUCACUGCUGCACAAAAGAGCCUGCUCAUAGCAUCUAUGACACUGUGGAGACGCUGCCUACAAGUUUUGAGGAGGAAACUGUGAAAGCGAACAUCAAAACCCUGUUUGAGAAUGCUGUAAGGAAACGUCUCAUGGCUCACAGGAGAAUUGGCUGUCUUCUGUCAGGUGGUCUGGACUCCAGUUUGGUUGCUGCUACGCUGGUGAAACUGGCCAAGGAGGAGAAGUUGCAGUAUCCUAUUCAGACAUUUUCAAUUGGGUCGGAGGACAGUCCAGACAUAAUCGCUGCUCGCAAGGUUGCAGCUCACAUCGGCAGUGAACACCACGAGGUUAACUUCACUGUGGAAGAAGGCAUCCAAGCUGUAAAAGAAGUCAUCUUUCACCUGGAGACCUAUGAUAUCACCACCAUACGUGCCUCUGUCGGGAUGUACUUGGUUGCAAAGUACAUAAGGGAGAAGUCAGACAGUGUGGUGAUCUUCUCUGGAGAGGGUGCUGAUGAGCUGACUCAGGGAUACAUUUACUUCCACAAGGCUCCAACUCCCAAAGCAGCAGCAGAGGACAGUGUUCGACUGUUGAAGGAGCUCUACCUGUUUGAUGUCCUCCGUGCUGACCGCACCACGGCUGCACAUGGUCUGGAGCUCAGAGUGCCUUUCCUGGACCACAGACUGACAGCAUACUACCUCUCUCUGCCCGAGGAGAUGAGGAUUCCCAGGCAUGAGGUGGAGAAGUAUCUCCUGAGGGACUCUUUCAAAGGUCUCAAUUUGAUCCCUGAUGAGAUCCUGUGGAGGCGUAAAGAGGCCUUCAGUGAUGGCAUGAUGUCUGUGAAGAAGUCCUGGUACACACACCUGCAGGAGCAUCUAGACUCUAUGGUGAACGAUGACCAGAUGGAGAGGGCUCACAAGACGUUCCCUCACAACCCUCCGUGCUCCAAAGAGGCCUACUACUUCAGACAGGUGUUUGAGAAGCACUACCCGGGCCGAGCCGAGUGGCUCUCCCAUUACUGGAUGCCCCGUUGGAUCAACGCCACCGACCCAUCAGCCCGGACCCUGUCUAUCUACAAACCUGAUAAAGAUCAAUGAGCAGCCAAUCCGUCUUUCAGUCAGCGACGUGUUGGGCUUCUCAGAUCGUUCUACAUGUGUCAUACUUAACUGUACUCUGUUUAACUCGGACAAAAUUGAAGUCAUUUGGAAUUAGUUGUUACACAAGUCACACUGUAAAGGAGUUUGUGAGAUUUUCACAGUACCUGCCAGAGCUGGUGUUUAGGGACUUAUUUCUACUUGGUGCACAGUGCAGGCGGAUUUAAACCUCUGGCCACACGUUCCAAACUCUGUAUCAUGGUUAAUACUUAGUAAUGUAACAACUAAGGCACAUGCAUUUUACGUGUGAUUUCAGCCACAAGGACCUGCGAUGUCGCCCAAAGGAUCCAUCUAAUUUGAAACAUUUUGAAAGAAGCCCUGUGGAACUUCUGUGUUGUGCUGGUAACAAAUCUAAUCUACUAUUGUUCUGUUUUCACUGUUAGCAAUGCCAAGCUACUCAAAAAUGUUCUUCACAAAGAAAUCCACAGUGGAGCUGCUUUAAGUAACUUAAACGAAUCAUCCACAGUCUUGUUUAGGCGACCAAGAGAGACGGAGAAGCUGUCAUUAAUCACGUCACGUUACAAUCUGCUCACAUGUGGCCAGUAAAAGUGAUCUGUGAACUGCCUCCUUAAGUAAAUCAUUCCACAGCUCAAUCUGACCACUGAAGUCUGAUGAAGACUAAUUUAUGCUUGCUGAAAUAGAGUGUUGAGUGAACAGCCUUCUUUUGUUUCUUCUCCAGUCCAUUUAAUACAAACUUAGCAUUUUUUUUAAUCGGCAACCAUUUUCUGGAGCAUACAAUUUGUCAUGAGCUCUAUUUCAUACCUUUGUACGCGGCCAUUGGUGUCUGAUUCCAAACCUGAGAUGGGUCCUCCAUCACUGUAAACACCUCAUCAUUUUUUGUGACCUUAUGAUUUAAUUACAGUCCCAAAUUUGCCAGAACAGCUGCAGCUGACUGACUGUAAGACCUGCCCUGGGUGAGCUGCUCACCCUGAAACGUUUUCUGAGUGUGAGCCACAUCUGUUACAAAACCAGCUUUUCUGUUGUGCCAAGAAGUUUUUUAUUUAAAUUUCUUUUCAAGAAUAUUGUCAAGGGCACUGAAAUGAUGAUCAGUCACCAUAAAAAUCUCCAUAACAGAAAAAGAAGAAAAAGUACAGCAGCAUUUUCCUGCUGAUGCUGCUUAGAUAAUGUAGCCUCAUAAAUGACCACAGACAUAAUGAUAGAUAUAUUUUAAUAGUGUAUGACUGUCUUGCUAUCUAACUGCUAACACCAAAAAGGGCUGAUGCCUCAGCUUUUGGACUGACGUCUGAUGUAGACUGAUGACUGAUAUCUUUACAGCUUCUCAUGGACAGAGGUGACUCAUGCGAACAGUGUCAGUGAGACGGACAUUGCUUAUCACGCUGGUUGAUGCCGCCUCUGCUGUUUGUUGACUGGGAACUGGGUGUUUUUUAGAACUGGCUAUGCAAAGAGUGUGUGUUACAGGUACAUAAUGUUAAACUAGGGGUGCGCGAUUGUAGUUACAGGUAGAAACUUGUCAGUCUGAUUUUGUCAGCAAAUUAUAAUGAAUUUCCAGAGAAUUUUACUACAUAUGAUAAAAUGUUAAAUAUCUGAUUAUUAUCCGUA